GCCAGGAACACAGAACACAGCUCUUCUUUUUUUCUUCCUUUGUCUUGUCUAGGAUAAUUGACUUCUUUAACGUUUAUUUUCAGCAGCCUGUUUCAGCUUCCUGCCUCUGCUGUGUUUCCACCUUUGGAUGGGGCAGGAGUUGAACUGUGGCAUCUGGCAGAAGCCAGCUUUAAUGUGGGAUUUAUCCUGAAUAAAAUACUUGAGGAAGAAAAAGAAACAUCAUUUGACUCACUGAAGAUUUAAAACCGACAGAGCCAUGUGGGAGAAAACGAAAUUUUAGUCUCAAGUGGCGGAAUCAAGUCAUAAGAAGUAAAGAGAUUUGGGUGGUUUCUCACUAAAUGGAAAUUAUAUAGAAAGCCUCUAAGACCACUGCAUCUCUCCACCCCGCUCCUGCUGCACCGAGACUGCACUGUUGGCUUUGGACGUUAUUAAAAUGCUGGAUUCAGUUAAGUGUGUUCUGGUGGGAGACUCUGCAGUUGGGAAAACAUCUCUCCUGGUACGUUUCACCUCUGAGACUUUUCCAGAUGACUACAGACCCACUGUCUAUGAAAAUACCGGAGUGGAUGUCUUCAUGGAUGGCGUACAGAUCAGCUUAGGUCUUUGGGACACAUCUGGCAGCGAUGCCUUUAAAGGCAUUCGCCCCCUCUCCUACCAACAGGCAGAUGUGGUAUUAAUGUGCUACUCGGUGGCAAACCAUAAUUCCUUUCUGAACCUGAGGAACAAAUGGAUUAGCGAGAUCCGCAGCCAUUUGCCCCGCAUCCCCGUUUUGGUGGUGGCCACUCAGACUGACCAGCGUGACAUGGGUCCCUACAGCUCCUCCUGCAUCAGCCCUGUAGAUGGAAAGCGGCUUGCCCAGGAUGUGCGAGCCAAAGGCUAUUUGGAGUGCUCUGCCCUCAGCAACAGGGGAGUGCAGCAGGUGUUUGAGUGUGCUGUGCGGACAGCGGUCAAUCAAGCCAAAAGGCAGAACAGACGGAAGCUCUUCUCCAUUAAUGAGUGCAAGAUCUUUUGAGGACUGUCAGCAGUGGUUUUGUUCACAUUUGUUCUAUCUGUUUUCUCACAAAGACGCUGCAGCAGAGAGAAUGGGAGGUGAAUCAAAGGAGGGCUCCUGGCAGGACCACAGUGCAGGUGCCUCUUGUGAGACAGGUGUGCUCUUUAUCUGAGCUUCUUCCCUCCAAAACACGUGUGCUAUCUUGAAAAAUGAAAGGUGCAUACCCUUAUUCACAAGCCUGUGUUUGGACUUUGCAAGCCUGAGCUGUAGCAGGCCUAGCCUGCAGAUCUGCAGAUAACAGCAGUACUGAAUUUGGUUUUGUUUCUGUCAGUGUUCCUCAGUUGUUGGUUUGUCUGCAUCUGCAUUUAUUUAAUGACAUAAUUCUGCCUGGAUCAGCCCCCAACUCUGUCCUUGUGGAUAUUUCUUUUUACGUAAGAAUGCAGUAUAUAAAACCUGACCAAUAUGUAUUUUAUUUAGAGGACUUUUGGAUAUAUUGUUGAAAAUCACAAAAGUUUGUUUUAAUGUUUUGGAGGUUCUCCCUUUAGCUAAUCACAGAAAUGAACUGUCCUAUCCAUGUAAUAAAUGGUCUGCAGGCAAGCCUUAGACAUGCCUGAGUCAUUGCAUAACAGUCAUCAGUAUGUCCAGCAUAGGCGUAAUCAAAGCUUAGUGACAUUUGACAGCUGUCUCCUGCAGUUUUGUGAGAUUUGUUACCUUAAUAUUGUUCCUCAACAAUGUGGUCAAAG